ACCUGACCGAGCGCGAGACAGUGGUGUCGGUUGGUGCUGUGUUUUAUUUAUCGUUUAUUUUUCACAAUAUUUGACUUUUUUUUUUUCGAUAAAAAAGUUAAAAUGUCGAACUUAGUUUUAUCCGAGCUUCUUUCCGAGGUCGGCUGGGACGCACGGUUCGCCAUUCCGGUGGCCAAUGCUGAAAAUAAAGCUUUGCUGGAUGAGAUCCAGAGAAAACAGAGAGAGAAGGCAAACGUAGACAACAAAGUGAGCCAGCACAAAGAGCGAAUCAACGCCAUGAACGAACAUCUCAAAAACGUCCAGCAGGAGCUCUCUCACACUCAGGCUUUAUGCAAGGCCAGAGAAAAAGAGACCGAAUCUGAGCUGCAUUUCAGAGCUUUGGCUGAAAGAGAGGCUGGACGGCUGCGUCAGGAGAUUUCUCAGCUAGAGAAGGAGCUGGGCUCACUGCGGGAGAACAGGAACCAAAAGGAGAACAACAUCUUUAAAGCCACGCAGAAGCUGGAGGACCUCAAGAAUCAGCUGAACUGGGACCAGCAAACGCUGGACGUCUGGCUGGAGGAAUCGUCCCGCAAGGAUGAGGACACAAUGGCCAUCGUGAAAUACGCUCAGCAGGACGAGAGCAAGAUCAGAGAACUCACUCUGAGCAUCGAGAAGUUAACUCUGGAGGCUAACCAGAAGAGAAAAGCCCUGGACAAUGAGCUCACUGAGACCAUCAUAGCACAGAUUGCGCUGGAUAAGACGGUGGAGACGUUCCGGCAGGCCCAUGUGGAGAGGCAGGAGCUGAUCAGCCAGUGGGAGAACACCAUCGAGCAGAUGAGGAAGAGAGAUCAGGAUCUGCAGCAGAGUGCACUGUUGCUGGCCGAGGUGAAGCAGGUGAUCCGUGAGCGCCAGACGCUCGUAAAGGAGAAACAGAGCUUCCUUUCCAGCGAGGUGGAGAACAACGAGGAGUGUGAGAGGAAGAUAUCCGCAGCGGAGCGGCAAGCCAACAGACUUCAGCAGCAGUUUCAGUUGGAAGAGAGCAAUCGUAUCCAACUGCACGAUGAGCUGGAGAGUCUGAAGGGCACGGUGGACCGUACAGCUACGGACGUGGAGGCUCUGAGGUCACAUCUGACGAGCGUGAAGAAGGAGACGAACGCUAAAACCAACAAGCUGAAGGACGCACAGCUGUAUAACGUGGCCCUGGAGGAGAAGCUGCAGGCUGCAACCGAGGAGGCGCUCAGCGUCGAGGAAAAAGCAGCUCAGACGGAGCAGCUUCUCCGGCAGCAGGAACAACGCAUGAAAGAGAUGGACGCUCAGCUGCAGAGGCAGCGCGAACUUCUGUUCCGGAAAAGUCAGGACCUGCAGUCGCUGCGGGCCGAAGAGAAGAGCGCCGUAGCGGAGAUCACCGGCAGCCGCGCUGCCCUGUCCAGCCUGGACGGCCGCCUCAGCAAACUGGAGCAGAACACUCUCAAGCAGCAGGAGAUCAUCUACCACCAGGACUUUCAGAUCCAGCGGCUGGAGACGAAGGUGGCUCACCUGCGCGGCAACAUGAACAGGGAGGAGAAGCAGGAGCUGGAAAAGCGGACCUCCGAGCUGAUCGAGGCCCUCGAGGAGAAGAAGAAAACGGCUUCUAUGCUAUCCACACAGCUCAAGAAGCUUCAGCAUGAUAUUCGCUGUGUAAAGAAGGACAACGAGAAGGCAGGAGCAGACAAAAGAGAUCUGACCUCAAAGAUUGAGGAACUGAAUCUCCACAAUGACACCUUGGACAAAGAGCUGAAGAUGCUCCACCUCAAGAAACAGGACAGCAUGGUGGACGAUAACAUCCUGCGGCUGGAGGUGAAGCGGCUCCGGGACCUGCUGUACCACAAGGCCGACGGCGUCCUCUCCCUGGAGAAGAGGAAGCUGCAGCUGAAGACAGCCAUGAAGGAGCGUCAGGAGGAGAUCCGCGUGCACCGUGAAAUGCUCACCAAACAGCUCAGGAUCAACGAGCAGGAGAGACAAGGGCUCAGUGCCGACCUGCAUGAGCGACUGUCCGAAAUCGACAAGAUGAGGAAGAGGUACGAGAUCAUGACCGUCGUCAUGGCUGCACCCGAGGGCGAGGAGGACAAAUCGCAGGCCUACUACAUCAUAAAGGCUGCCCAGGAGAAAGAGGAGCUUCAGCGCAAAGGGGAUCACUUGGACGCCGACAUCCGCAAGAAGGAGAAAGAACUUCGGGCACUGGAAAACACCCUGCAGGUUCUCAAUAACUGUAACAGCACCUACCGCAAGUCCCUUAACAAGGUCACCCAGUCCAGCCCUGAGUAUCAGGAAAAGCUGAAGCUAGAGGAACAGAAACGGGCAGCGGAUGAGAAGUUCAAGUUUAAAAGACGCCAAAUCAGAGAAGUGCAGGAGGACAUUGAGGGAAUGAGUAGCUCAUUCGACAACCUUUUGCAAGAGGAAGUUGCACAACAGGACAGAUACAAUGACAUCCAGUCACGUAUCAUCUCUCUGAGUAAAGAACUCAAUUCCCAGCUAGAGAAACUGGACAGAGCCACCAAACAGUGCUCCAAGCUUUCAAAGGAGAUCCGCCUAGCUAAGAAGACCAAAGAGAAGACCUUUGAGGAGCGUGAUAUUGAGCUCAAAGAGUUGAGAGAUUGCAACAGGACCAUCAAUAAGAUGCUCCUGGAGCUCAUGGAGGAGCUGCCAGACCUGCAGGAUAUAGUACACAUGUACUUCACACAGGCUGGUGUCAGUCUUCCUUCUCCGGCCUCCACCCCGUCUAGCCGACAGAGCUCAAAGCUCAGCUCAGCACGUAGCUCAGUCUCUCUCAGAUCCUCCAGAUCUUCCGGAUCCUCAGCCGGCGGCAGCGCCAGAGGCUCGACUCUUCGCUCACCCACCUUAAAGACAGUCGAACUGGGGCUUGAUCUGUCCACUCCUUCUCCCCAUUCAUCCUCUCCUCAGGCCUCUCGUACCCCCAGCAGCGCUGGGAGCAGCAGGAGGAGCGGUCGGCUCAAGAGUCCGUAAAUAGCGAGUCCGUCCGUCGUGAGCUAUGAAGACGCAGCGUUGGGUGGAUGCAAAUAUUUCACUGUCAAUACAAAAAUAAAAACAACAACCACAUAUAUUUAAAUAAAUAAAUAGGUGAACCAG